UUCCCGCCAGCCCCGGAGGCCAAGGCGCGCAACAUGAGCUGGCGGUUGCGGCACUGGCGGGAGGCGGCGACGCUGCUGCUGGCGGCAGGCGGGCCGGGCGCGUCUCCCCCUCGGACCGCGGCGGCGGGCGGCUUCGACUACGAACUGCUCCUGCUGCGGCGGAGCCCGCGGAGCGCCUUCUUGCCCAGCGCCCACGUCUUCCCGGGCGGCGUGGCGGACGCGGCCGACUUCUCGUCCGACUGGCUGCAGCUGUUGCCGGGCGGGCCACGCUGCGGGCUGGGCUCGGUGCGAGGCCCGAGGGCGCCGCUCUUCGCCGCCGAGCGCCCGGAGCUGGGCUCGCCGCUGCCGGGAGACGUGGCCUUCCGCAUCUGCGCCAUCCGCGAGUCCUUCGAGGAAGCCGGAGUCCUCUUGGUGCUGCCUGGCCCGGUCGCUGAUGCCGCUGCCAAUGCGGGCCCGGCCCGCCUGCUGCCCGCCGAGCGCCUCCCGCCGGCCUCGGAGCUGGCUGAGUGGCGGCGGCGGGUGCAGCGGCAGCCCAGCACCUUCCUGCAGCUGUGCCGUCACCUGAGCUGUGUGCCCAACAUCUGGGCGCUGCGCGAGUGGAGCAACUGGCUGACCCCCGUGGGCCGCGCGGGGCGAGGCGGCCGCCGCUACGACACCGCCUUUUACCUCUGCUGCCUCGGGCAGGCGCCGCCGGUCGCCUCGCACGACGACGGGGAGGUGACGGCCUGCCAGUGGUCAACGCCCUUAGAAGCUGUUGAACUCUUUAAGUCCCAAGACAUCUCGAUAGCACCACCUCAGUUUUAUGAAUUCUGCAGACUCUGCAAUUUCACAUCACUUCAUGAUCUGCAUAGGUUUGCCUCUGAACGAGCCUUAGAAGGAUGUGAGCGUUGGAUGCCUGUUCUGAUGAUUGCUUCAGAUGGCCAUAUGCAGAUUUUACCAGGUGAUGAGCUAUAUCCAGAAGAUCCCGAUUUUACAGGAGAAAGAAAACCAGUGUUGAUGACAGAUAAAAAGACUGAAGAUCUAAUGAAAGGCGCCAGUAGACUUCACCGGAUAGUGACACAAGACCAUAAUAAUGUAAAUAUCUAUGUGAAUAUCCAGCCCAAAUAUAAACACAUCAAUCCAAUAACAAUGGACUUUAAAAGGGGAAACAAUGCAGAUUGCAAUAGUAAAUUAUAGUAUUUUAAAAAUAGUUUACAUAUUUUUAUAUCUACCAACGCAAUGGCAGUUCUUGAAUAAGCUGUCCUGGGAGCUUCACAUCUUGAUAAGCAACAUGUAUUUCAAACAUAGCUGGAAUUAAUACAUUCUUGUGCCACUUUAUCUACAUGCCACAAGCCUUAUGUGAAUGAUUUAGGCUUUCAUUUGUGUACCACAGUAAUUAUUUCCUUGGCUAAAAUUUUGUGCAAAUGUGCCAAUUCUGGGGUGGACAUCUGUCCGCUAAGAACUUGACCUUAAUCUACACAUUUAUGGAUUUAAGGCCCUGAAGAGGCAGUGGAGCAAUAGUUACCCAUGGCUACCAUAGGCCAUUUGUCAGUAUUGGGAUAAACUGUUCCUUUAUAAAUAUAAUUCAGUAUCUUGAACUAUUCUGCUUUUCUCAUUAAAAUGUGGAGACGCUAUGGAAGUUUACUCAGAAGUGAAGCUCCCUAUUUAGCUGGGAUUCAAAAUGACAGUUUAGGAUUGCAGCCUUACAUGAGCAUAAGUUCUGUAAAUUCAAUCAAUAAUGAUUAUUUUUAAAAUAUUCAGAAGCUCUGCUUUUGGAAGGCACUUUUCUAGACACACUAAUUUGCUAGUGCUGUCUAACAGCAGUAGAAUUAAUUCCAUUGUAUGGUUGGGUUUUCAGUUUUUAUAUUUCAGAAUGUCAACUGAUGUGCAUUUAAAUUAGCAUUAAAAUGUCAAAUUGUAAUUUAUUCUUAUAAUUUGUUUUAAAAAUAAAUAUUUAUUUUUAGCAACAUUGCUUUGGCUGUUUUCAUCGUUGCUAAGAUAUACUGAGCCGUUACACAUCUUGUUUUCUUUAAAAUUAAGAAGAUGCCCUAUUAAUAGUUUGUGUCAGGAGCUUUCUUAUUUUUUAAAAAACAUAAAGUUAAAAGUUGAAAUUAAAGCCCUCCUGUUACAUUUCACAUGUGUCCAAACUGGAGCUUUUGAGCUGUGUCUGGCUCCUAACUAGUUUGAGGAAUGAAUAGAAAACUACUGAAAAAGUGUCCUCCAUGUGUGCCGGUUACAAGGGGACCUUGGGUUUCCUCCAUCCCAUCUUCCAGCUGGAAUUAAGAAACUUGAGAUUUGAUGCAGCGUAAGGGGAGGAAGUAACACAGACCAAGAGAAAUGUCUGUCUCUUUAGUUUUAUGUUUUGGGUGUUGGAAUAGCUAAGCAAAAGAUAACAAACUGCAUCCAAAGCAGUUUUGCACAAAUUGUCUUGCUAUGUCUCUGUUGUACAAGAGGUAUUACACAGAAGAUUUAUUGAACCAUCUAUAUUUAAUGUUCCAAGACAUCACUGUGUAUAUAGGUUUGUGUUUUUUUAAGAGAAACUAUUUGCCAAUCACACAGAAAUAUUCAUUAGGCUUAACUGAACCCUCUGACUAUGCAGUAUCUCUUAGAAUGCUAUUAUAUUAGCCGUAUUUCAGGUUUGUUUUAAAUAUUUCACAUCUGUUGUCAAUACCAGGUAUCACAAAUAAUAUCAGUCAGUGUCCAGCCAGCUCUUGCUCUCAGAAUGUCUUCUUAAAAAAAACACCCAAGCUCUCAGAUCUCUUUGCAGCUGACGCAUGACCAUGGGAGUUACAUUACAGAAAUAGUACAGUAUAUAAAGUCAUAUUUGUAUAGUCGGAUCCAUGGGCAUAACCAGGAAUUUUGUGGGGGGGGGAGGGCAAAACUUCAGAUUUGUAUUGGUUUGUAUUGAUUUAGGGGGGCAACCCCCCUGCUUCCCUUGGUUACACCCAUGGCAAGAUCAACUGCUUGGAACUUAGGACUUGCCCCCCAAGAAAGGCAGAGAGCUAGCUGCUCUGUGUUGAGACAGGGGUCUCCAAACAGCUCGACACUAGCAAACUACUCCCCCCCCCCAAAAAUUGUGGGGAGUCGCGUGCUUUA